CUUACAAUGGCUUUAUGCUGAAGCACAUGAGACAAGGACCCUAGAAAACCUAUAAUAAUAUGACAGAAGAUGGGGGAUUGGAACUUAUUAGGGAGUAUUUUAGAAGAGGUCCACAUUCAUUCCACCAUAGUGGGAAAGAUCUGGCUCACCAUCCUCUUCAUUUUCCGCAUGCUUGUGCUCGGCGUUGCGGCUGAGGACGUCUGGGACGAUGAGCAGAGCGAAUUUGUCUGCAACACAGAGCAACCCGGCUGCAAGAAUGUUUGCUAUGACCAGGCUUUUCCCAUCUCCCUCAUCCGCUACUGGGUGCUGCAGAUCAUCUUUGUAUCCUCUCCGUCUCUGGUCUACAUGGGGCACGCGUUGUACCGUUUAAGGACCCUUGAGAAGGAGAGGCACAGGAAGAAAGCCUGUCUGAAAGCUGAGCUGGAGGGGACAGACCCCGUCCAGGAGGACCAUAAGAGAAUUGAGCGAGAGCUCAGGAAACUAGACGAACAGAAGAGAGUAAGGAAAGCUCCCCUUCGAGGCUCAUUGCUGCGCACAUAUGUUUUCCAUAUCUUAACCAGAUCUGUGGUGGAGGUGGGUUUUAUUAUAGGUCAGUGUGCCCUUUACGGCAUCGGACUGUCUCCUCUGUACAAAUGUGAGAGGUUGCCUUGCCCCAACAGUGUUGACUGUUUUGUGUCACGGCCAACAGAGAAAAACAUUUUCAUGGUUUUCAUGCUGGUGAUCGCUGGCGUUUCUUUGUUCCUCAACCUCCUGGAGAUUUUCCAUCUGGGAGUGAAGAAGAUCAAAGAAAGCUUGUAUGGAUACAAAUAUGGAGAUGAUGACAGUGUGUGCAGGUCAAAGAAAAACUCCAUGGUGCAGCAGGUUUGUGUGCUCACAAACUCCUCACCACAGAGGUUGAUGCAGCUCACACAAAUGGCUCAUAGGGAAUCUCUGCCUUUGAAUUUGGCCCCAGCAGCCCCUCAGAAUAAAGAGGGAUCCAACAGCUCCACCCAGCAGCCCAUACAAACAUACCUGCAGAGUCAAGCUGACAUGCAGCAGCUGGGGGUUGUCAUGGAGCGGCGCUACACUCUGGAAAACAGAAAGCCCUCCUGCAGCAGUGAUGAGUCAAAUGAACCUCAUGUUUCAGGCCAGCCCCAGUAUGCAGGACCUCGGCCCACACUCAUGGCCGGCCACAUGGAGAUCCCUGCUGCCCUGAAGAACCCGCAGAGGAAGCAGAGCAGAGUGAGUGUCUGUAAGGAGCUCAGUGACAUGAGCGAUUCUCCGGAGAGUGACCACUACCCCUCAGCCAGGAAGUGCAGUUUUAUGUCCCGAGGACUAUCAGAGGGCAAGCUGGCUGAUCUGUCUGACAGCACAGAUUCUCAGAGUGGAGCAGAUGUUGAGGCCCAGCACCUCAACCAGAUAGAGAGUCCAGUGGUGACCCCGCCGCCUCCAGCCAGCGGGAGAAGGAUGUCCAUGAGCAUGAUUCUGGAGCUGUCUUCAAUCAUGAAAAAGUAAAUUGAAAAUGACUGUUUUGUGACCAAGACAGAGGCAUAUGGAAGUUUAAAUGAGACUGAAGGAUCCUGAUCUGAAGGAAAUCCCAUCCUUUCUCUCAACUGCAACUUUAUGUGUUCACAGUAUGUUUAUACAUUAUGUAUUGUGCAUGAGCAAGAGCUUCAGUUAAAGUCUGUUAACAUUUCACAAACAAAAUACUAUGAAUAAUUUGCUUCAUGUACUAUGUAAAUGAUAUCUCCAGCUUUGAUUGCUUUUAAUUUGCAAGCCACUUGCUAAAUCAUAUAUGAAUCAAAAUUAUAUUUGGCUAAAAGCAUAAUGUAACUGCUCAUAUAAUGAGACCAAAAGCCUAUUGCAAAAAUAUUUGACUUAAGAUUGUAAUUAAAGAGUGUGCAACCACAUAAAAAACAUUAAAAACAAAAAGAGGAAACUCUCUUAUCAAGUGUUUAUGAUUUAUCAUACAGAAUGAGCUGGAAGAAAAGGGCUCUUCAAAUUCAGCUUUUUUUCUGACUGAAAGUGAUUUAAUAUUGUUUAUGAAUAUAUCUAACAAAUUCAAGCUUUUAUUGUUAAUAUUUCUGUUGUCCUGUUCUUUUUGUUUGUUUUCUAUU